AGUUUACCUUGGAGGAAGUUCUUGCUUAAAAGAAACAAUCUCUCUCGAGCAGCAAUGAAAGCAAGACAUAUUUAUUUGUUAUUGUGCCUUUUUGUUACAACCAGUGUAGAUUCAUUUAAUCCACUCAGCUACUUUUAUGAAAGAUGUGACUCAAACUGGAUAUCAUUCAAUGCCAAAGGUCUCCAAAAGGAUCUGGACACUAGACUAUUUGGGCAGCACAUAGCAAAACCCCUCAUCCUGAAAACUGUGAGUGGAUUCAUGGCAAACGACGAACCCAAAAAGCCACUGGUUCUGUCUCUGCACGGUCCAUCAGGCACAGGGAAGAACUUUGUUACUAACUUAAUUGCAAGAAACAUUUAUAAGAAAGGAAUGGACAGCAGCUUUGUUCAUCUUUUUAUAGCCUCAUUUCACUUCCCUCACUCAAGUAAAAUUGAGACAUACAAGUCUUGGUUAAAGCAGCAGAUUCAAGGCAAUGUCACCCAGUGUGAACGCUCAAUGUUUAUCUUUGAUGAGAUGGACCAGAUGCAUCCUGGCUUAAUUGAUGUCAUUCUUCCAUUUCUAAACUAUUACAACAAGAUAGAUGGGGUUUCUUAUCGGAAGGCCAUCUUCAUCUUCCUUAGUACUGAUGGGGCGCAGAUAAUUACACGAACAGCUCUGGAAUUUCAAAAAAAAGGCCAAAAUCGCAACGAGAUUGAACUGAAAGACUUGGAAAAAGACAUUUCUGAAUCAGUGUUUAACAAGAACUCAAAGUAUCAGCACGUUGUCCAGUGUCUCAUGGCCCUGAUGGAAGCAAAGGGACUGCCCCAAAAACAGGAUGUGGCAGAGAGGAUAGCCAGAGAUAUGAUUUAUUAUCCCACAUUUGAGCGAAUUUUCUCCUCAACAGGCUGCAAGACGAUGAAUAACAGGUUGCUUAAUGUUGCCAUUUGAUGAACAUCUCUUCAGUCUGUGUAACGUGGAAGUGGCUAAAAGUUCACCUACCUGUUCAUCUCCUUCUUGGGAUAUUUGUUUUCUUAAAAAAAAAGUAAUUUAUUUCAUCUUUUCUGUUUUUGAAGCUCAAUGCUACAGAGUCUCCAGGUGUGCAUGAACCUGAAUGUUUGAUGACCUUUUACCCCCAUCGUCUAUUGAUUUAUUCACAACUAAGUUUAACUUUACUUCUCCUAAGAACCUUUUUUGCUUUAUUUGACGCACUUUUAUUACAAUUAUUAUUACACGCUUGU